UGGCCGUUUCAUCCUGAGUCCUCGGCGCGGCUGGUGGAAGGCGGCCGCAGGCUGGAACGGCUCCGGGCAGCCGAGCGAUGUCGGCAGCGCUGGUCAGGAGGGGGCUCGAAUUGAUGAGCCAGGAUUUGAGAGAUAAAGGGAGGAGCAGGAAGGCCAUUCCCACGCACACGUCUGGUGCUGACCAUUUGCACCAAGUUAAUGCAAAUAAGAAGGGAACAAAAAAGCAUUUAAAGAGCUUGCAGGGACAAGGGAAGAACAAGAACAAAGCAACUGUCAAGGGCAAAGUUAUUAAAUCAGCAUUAGAGGAGUAUCAGAAGAAAAAGGCUGCAGAUCACACAGAGGAAAAUCUCCAGUACAUGCUCGGUGCCAGGUUCCUGACUGAGAGCAAAGUGACUCAACAAGUCCUGAAUUACAGUCAAGGAAGGAAAGCGAAGGAUCGUCCAGAGAAAAAGGAAGUGAAGAAGGAAAGGAAGAGCGUAUUCACAGAGAGUGAUUUCAGAAAGUUUGAGAGAGAGUAUUUUGGGGCAUCCUAAUCUUGACCUUUGGUGAAAAGAGUGGACCAGCAGGCUUUCAUUUUUGGGGAGAGAUCAGAUCACUGCAUGACAAAUCCUGUAAGCAGUGCCUACCUCAAGUCUUAAUCAUGAAGAUGGUUUUUGGGGACUGAUCUGGCACACGUGUGAGAGCAACAGAGACCUAACAAGGACAGAAAAUCCAGUUCCUCUCAAGUUUGAGACCUGGCUGUAAAAUCUGCCAGGGUCUACUCAUCACUUAUUUAGUUGUUGAAACCUUGUGUUGUCUUUUUCUGUGUUUCACAUCAACAUAUAAACAUUUAUGUUAAGUGAAGAGUAAAUAUUGCAUCGUACUAGAUUACUUGCACUUAUUACUAGAAUGCCACUGUCUCCCCAAACCUUCUCCCACUGUGACUCUAGAGAUUUGAAUAUUGUUGCAAUCCCUCAGCCGGAAAUGUGAGGAGAUGGUCUCUGUGAGUGCAGGAUCUUGUCAGAUAGGGAGCACGGUUGUUCCAACUCAGUUGGAGCUUCUUGCUGCCAAACAGCUCACACCCUCCGCUUGGAGUCUCAGAUCACAUUUGGGACGCCCUAGUCUAACAAGUACCACCACUUAUGUCACCUUUAGCUUCCAGUAACAUCACAGUUUUAUUCAUAGAACAGGAACAUUCUGAGAUGUUUUGACUCUUUCUCUUUCAGUCCACCACAAGCCAUGCCAAAGAGCAGAGCCAUCUUGUUGGUUUAUCCAGUCAGGCAGACCAGGAAUGCUAGAUUUCCAGCCUAGUCUUUGCUGACCUUUGGGGUGGCUACCAUUCACUGUGGUGCCCUGGUGCUAAAGUUCCAGCUCCUUUGCACUAUCCAGAAAAACACAUUGGGUAACACCGACAUGUGGACAUCAAGAAUGGAUGAAAUUGGGCAGAGUUACUACCCCUCUGCAUGAUAUUCACAUUCAUUGUUCAGGCUCAUUCCUGAGGAAUGGUAAUAUGAGUGAGAUGGGAUGAACAUCUUGCCUGAUACCUACCACAUCCUCCCCCUCCCUAUUAAAUUUUCAGUGUCUUUAAAACAGCAAGUAUGAAGUUCAGAAAGCAACUCCCCAUUUUCUCACAUAUUAUGAAGAUUGUAUCUUCUUCUCAUCAAUGCCUCAUGUAAGAUUAAACCUAUGGUUAACUUCACCCCUGUUAUCCUCUUUAAUAUAACAUAGUAUAUGCCACUGCUGGCAUUGGUUGUCCAUCCCUAACUGCCCUUGAAUUGAGGGCAGUUAAGAGUCAACCACAUUAAGGCCACCUUAAUGUUCUGGGGUCAUGGGUUCAAUUCCCAACAUGGCAGCUGGUGGAAUUUAAAUGCAAUGGAUGAACAAAUCUAGAAUAUAAAGCUAACCUUAGUAUCAGUGACCAUAAAACUAUAAUCAGUUACCAUGAAAAGACCAUCUAAUGCACUAAUAUUAGUUGGGGAAAGAGACCUGUCCUGGAAACAGCUUAUCAAGCCACUCUGUUCAAGGACAAUUGGGGAUGAACAGUAAAUGUUGGCCUGGCCAGUGAGUGUGACAUCCCAUGAAACAAUAAAUUAAAAGACUGCCCCUAGCACCUGCCAUCACCAGUAAGGUACACUGUAUUGUUGCACAACUCAAUGAAUUCUUGUGAUAGAACGUUAUCUCUGGCCUCACUGAGUCACAGUAUUCUGGGUUCAGGUCCCACCCCCGGACCUGGAUGCAAAGAUCAAGGCUGACCUUCCAAUGCGGUACUGAGAGGAUGCUCCACUCAUAGAAGUAACUUGCUACAAAUGUGAUGUACAUCUGCCCGAUUGGAUGAAUGUAAAAUCACCUGUAACUCCAUGUUGAAGAGAAGUUAUUCUUGGUUAAUUGGUCAAUAUUUAUCACACAAUCAAUGUCUCAAAAAGAGCAAACAAUCUGAUUAUUAUCACCCUGCUGUUUGUGGGAGCUGGCUGUGUGUAGAUUGGCUGAUGUGUUUCCUGCAAUACAACAGUGACUGGAAGAACCUUUGGUGGUUGUCAAAUGUGCCUUAUAAAUGCCAGUCUGUUUUA